AGCGGUUCCGCUCGGACAUUUAAAUGUGAUGCGCCGGAGGAUUUUGUGACCUGCUCCUGUUAUUAAAAAAAUCCCGAUUUUGUUGGAUCUGAGGAGAAUAAAUCACACUUAAAGUUCUACCAUGACGCUUUUUCAUUUCGGAAACUGUUUGUCCUUGGCUUAUUUCCCAUAUUUCAUUGCAUACAAAUGUAGUGGAUUAUCUGAAUAUAAUGCAUUUUGGAGAUGUGUCCAAGCAGGUGCUACCUACCUCUUUGUGCAGCUGUGUAAGAUGCUGUUUCUUGCCACAUUUUUCCCCACCUGGGAGGGGGCAGCUGGCGUGUAUGAUUUUGUUGGGGAGUUCAUGAAGGCCACAGUGGACUUGGCUGAUCUUCUAGGUCUUCAUCUGGUUAUGUCUAGGAAUGCUGGGAAGGGUGAAUAUAAGAUCAUGGUGGCAGCUAUGGGCUGGGCUACAGCCGAACUCAUCAUGUCCAGAUGUAUUCCGUUAUGGGUGGGAGCUCGUGGCAUUGAGUUUGACUGGAAAUACAUUCAAAUGAGCUUUGAUUCCAACAUCAGUCUGGUACAUUAUAUUGCCAUGGCAGCAGUAGUAUGGAUGUUCACUCGAUACGACCUUCCCAAAAGCUUUCGACUCCCUGUUACCAUCCUGCUGGGGUUGUGUGUUUAUAAGGGCUUUCUCAUGGAACUGUUUGUUCAUGUUUUCCUCCUGGGCAGCUGGAUGGCUCUCCUAGUGAAGGCCGUGCUCACUGGUGCCAUCUCCCUGUGUUCACUCUUCCUAUUCGUCACACUCGUUCACAGCAACUAAACACUUAUACUGUACAGUGCCUCCACUCAAGGGGCAUUUCAAGUAUUUGAAGAGCAAAUCCACAUUCCUACUUUGAAUGCUGUUGACUUUUUUUAUCUGCCACAAGGAGACUGUGAGAGUAUAACUGUUAUUAGUGAACAUGUGUUUAUACUUUAUUCAAUUAACUAAAUAAAUAUUUGGUUUCAGUAUGAAAGAAUACUUGGACAGUUUUGGGAGAGAAACCAGUUAUGGUGAAGCAUACUCCAAGAAAGACCUUCUUAACGACAAACUAAUUUAUUAA